UGUAGUCCUGCCCCGGGACCCGGGGGAGCGGGAAGCUCGGGGCCGAUCGCUGCCGGUGUCACCGGAGGGCGCGGGGACGGGAUGUCCCAGCAGGAGGAGGCGUGUAGCAGCCCGGUGCCCGUCCCGGUGCAACGGGGUAGCGGGAACGUUAAUUCGGAGCGAGAGGUCUCGCUGCGUGAAUGGCAGCGAGCGCGGGAGAGCAAUGGAGGGCUCCGAGGAGCUGGAAAGCAGCUUCCUGACACAGCCCUGGGCUUCUGUUUGCUUUGGUGAGUCCGCUUUUCUUGCCAAAGCACGCUUCGGGGAUACUGGCUACAUCCUGCUGAUCUCUGACCUCAGCGGCAUCUGGUAUGAGAGUGCAGACGCCGAGGCUGUGGGACAAAGGUCCAAGGAACUGAACAAGAGGCUGACAGUCCCGGUGUCCUCCUUCCUGCACCGCUUGCGCAACCUGAUGUGCCCCUUGCUAGCAGGACAGCCGGACACCGCCACCUCCUUCUCCUGCCACCGCACUGCCAGUGGGCUCAGCCUGCAUGUGAAGAGUGAGCUCUCGGGACUGCCCUUCUAUUGGUACUUCCACUGCUGCCCUGCUCCUGUGGAGAUGGUGUCCCAUCACCUCGUGCGGCCCCUGAUUCGGAUGAGCCUGGCAUUGCAGUACAAGGUGCAAGAGCUGACCUCCCUGCUGCUCCGAAAGGAUGCUGAGAUUGAAGAUUACAGGGAGAGUGGAGCUGCUCUCAGCAGAGACCGUCUACGGACAGAGCUGUUCCAGGAAGAGAUGUUUCAGCAGAACUUCAUGACUGAGAGCCUGCCCCAGAUCUGCAGUGUGGGAGAGGGGCAGGCAUUUGCCUCCACUCUGCAGCAGCUCUACGUGGCGGUGACGCAGCAGGAGGCCAAGAAGACUCGGAAACGGCAGCACUCAGAGGACACCGAGGGCCUGGCACCCACUGCAGAAACAGCAGAGCACCCCAAUCCACUGUCUUUGUCCAAGGAGGAUGAAACAGCAUCUUCCAGCGAGGGAACCACACCGGCCUCUUCCCCAGCUCGGAAGCCUCGGCUGCCUACAGCCAAGGCCAAGCCAAAGAAGGCAAAGGGGCUCUUCAGCUGAAAGGUCGCUACCACCCGUCCUGAGGAUCUCUGCUCCCCACAGCAUCCAAGAGAGGCAGUGCAGAGCAACCAUUGUCCUCUGCAUCCCUGCCUGCAUCUCCUAUCAGACUCUGGCAUGGGCCAUGAUCUGCUCUUGAGGUAUCUCUAGCCAGGGUGAUGGGGCAUCUUGUCUCUUCAACGAUGUCUCAGGAACCUCUUUUCUGCCUCUUCCCUGGUGUAGAGCUUACCCAGGGUGCCCCAUGAUGGAGCCAGCGCUGGACCUGGCAGGAGUGGGAGGGAUGCUGCUGGGUGAGUGUAGGACAGGAGGGACUCCAGAGAGGCCGUGGGGUUUGGCUGCUCUCAUGUGGGUUUGCAAUAAAGGGCUGUCUCUGAGUGAGAUCACUCUUCUCC